CUCGAUGGCCACUAUGAUGCUGCCUAUUUUACUUUGGAUGAGAAGGGUCAUUGGCAUAUAUGCAGAUGGAAUCAAUGCUCCAUGCGUGAUGUUUAUAUCGGAAAUAUCCAAUUUCAUGUUCAGAAACACCAUGAGCUUGCAAAAGAGGACAGUCUCACAUUUGAAAUGAAAACAUUCGUGAGAAACACCAUGAGCUUGCAGUUUAUUGAACUACAAGUUCCAGAAGAUUGUUCAGCCAAUCGAAAAGCAAUGCAGGAAAUGAUACUGAGUGAUUAUGGAAUUGUUGUCCUCUGCAGCAAAUCAAGAGAGAAAGAGGACAGUCUCACAUUUGAAAUGAAAACAUUCGUGAGAUCUUUGAGGUACCUUUUUUCUGCUUUUACUCUUCCAAUCACGGCUCUUGUUCUCACUCCGGAGUUCAGUGUUCUCAAGAAUGGGGAGUCCAUAUCUCGCUGUUCUCCAAUAGAACAUAUCUUUGCCAUCAUAAAGCAGUCACCUGGCUAUGAUAAUCAUUGUGACGACAAUGUUGACUACCUGGAAAAAUUUUCAGUUGGAGAUGACUGUGAAGAGGAUACAUAUGCAGGGAGUGGCGAUGUACCCAGUGAUUCCAUGGAUCUCGAUGAGAUGUACGAACCACAUCUAGAUGUCAUAAUGGAUGCUGAUGAUUUCGAAAUUUCAUCUAUUACACGUCAGGCUACACAACCGCCAGCUCAGAAACACUGUAGCAAUAUGGAUUUUAUUCCCCGGGGUGCGAAGCGGCGUGAAAAUCAAGACAUCGCGAUUGAUGCUACAGUUACGGCAACGCUAUCCGCGUACACUAUAGCUAAGCAAGGCCUCCCCUUAACUUCACAAUUUCCUCUCAUGAUGCUUACGCUGAGAACCGGCACAAGGGUUGGCACUGCUCAUUAUGAAGCCACCACCGCGAAGCGUAUGAUCAAAAAUUUUGCAGAGCAUCCAGAGUACGAUUUACUUAAGUAUGUGAUUGAUAAUGAUCUCCCCUUUUCUAUACUUAUGGACGGAUCACCUUCUUCAAGAGGGACAAAGUGGAUGUCAUUCAUGAUCCGUACGAUAACGCCAUCAUUUAAACCAUAUACCUUUCACUUACUUCUCUCUGAGAUGGCACGCGAAACAGGUGAGACAAUAACAAACGUUCUACUUUCCCACUUGGAAAAACGAUCACUGUGGGUUGAAGCUCCUGGCCUUGCUAUGUCACCGCAUGAUCAUGCCAUGAAAAGACUUGUCGCCAUCACCGCUGAUGGAGCAAACACAAUGAUCGGUCAUACCGAUGGUGUUUUCGGAAGAGUAAGGAAGUACAUACGAGAACAAACGCAAGCAUCACCGUUCCCUAGAUCGGAUUUGUUGCUCUCUGUGUGA